AUUAAAAAAUCAAAAUGUCAAACCUAAAUUAUCUCGAACUCACAAACUUCACUAAUUAUUUUCAUUUGAUUAUGUUUUACAUAUAACGAGAAUAAGAUAUAUUGGAGAUCCUAUUAGAGCUGCUGAAUUUAAGAAAACAGCAAUAGAGUACAUGAAGUGUUCCCCAAAUGAUGUCUCUUAAGCCUAGGAAUGUGGACUUUCAGGAGACUUGGGCCAACCUUAAGGAAACUGUGGCGGGAGUAGUAGCUCUCCGUGCGGUUGAACGAGCGGUGUGGAACACUCGUUUUUCUGACGUCUAUGCACUCUGCGUCGCUCAUCCGGAACCACUUGCAGACCGACUGUAUGAUGAAACAAAAAAUUUCUUGGAGGAACAUGUCGGUGGUCUUCUACAAAGAGUCAAAGGAUCAUCUGUGCUUGAGAGCAGUGAUUACAAUGAUGGGCUUCUUACAAGAUACGUGACGGCUUGGCACGAGUUCAGUCAGGGCGUGGCGUACCUCAACUCCCUCUACUCCUACCUCAACCUGCAGCAUGUCAAGAGACAAAAGGUAUCAGACGCAGAGAUAAUAUAUGGAUCAGCUGCCACCGUCAGCUGUCCAGAACACGACACAAGACAGCUGGAGGUCGGCGAGCUGGGCCUGCUGACGUGGGAGCGCGUGCUGGUCCGGCCGCUAUCGGGUGCGCUCAGCUCGAGGCUGGUGGCGGCCCUCAGCGCGGCGCGGGACUCCGCACCCGACCCCGCCGCCGCCGACGCGCUACGCAGCGCCGUGCACAGCGCCGUGCACGUGCAGGCGUUUCGCGUGCGAGCUCCACUAUCAUUGUACCAGCAGCUGGUUCUGGAGCCGUUUCUGGCAGCGGCGACCACCUACCACUCGCGUCGAGCCGCGCGCCUGCUGGCCGAGGGGGACGUGUCUCACUUCAUGAAGCACGUGCUCGAUGGGCUGGAGCGCGAGGUGUCGCUGGCGCAGCGCUUCCUGCACUCGUCGUCGCUGGAGAGCGUGCGCGCGUGCUACGAGCGCGCCUGCGUGGCGGCGCACCUGCCGGCGCUGCACGCCGACGUGGAGCGCCUGCUGCGCGAGGCCAGCGCGGGGGGGGGCGCGGCGCGGCGCGACGACCUGCGCCGCAUGUACGCGCUGCUGCGCCCGCUGGGGGGGCCCGCGCUGCGCCCGCUCGUCGACGCCGCGCACCAGCAGGCCGUGCGCGACGGGCUGGCGCUGCUGGACGCCGAGCACCCGCGCGACGAGGCGCACGCGCACUUCGUGCAAGCGAUGCUGUCGCUGCACAGCAAGUACAGCGCGCUGUACGGCGACGUGUUCGGCGGCGCGCAGGCCUUCGUGGGCGCGCUGGACAAGGCGUGCAGCGCGGUGGUGAACCGGCGGCGCGCGGGGGAGGCGUGCGCGCGCGCGCCCGAGCUGGUGGCGCGCUACUGCGACGCGCUGCUGCGCCGCCGCGCCGCCGACGCCGACGCCGACGACAAGCUGGCCGCCGCCAUCGUCGUCUUCAAGUACGUCGACGACAAGGACGUCUUCCAGAAGCACUACGCGCGCGCGCUGGCCCGCCGCCUCAUCCACCAGCUCUCCGCCUCCAUGGAACAGGAGGAGGCGAUGAUAAACCGUCUGAAAGCGGCCUGCGGGUACGAGUUCACGAACAAACUCCACCGGAUGUUCACCGACGUGGCGGUCUCGGCUGACCUAAACGCAAAGUUUCAGCAAUACUUGCGAGAUAAUAAUUUAAGUACAAACACAGGAUUUUUCAUACAGGUGCUGCAGGCCGGCGCGUGGCCGCUGGGGGGCGCCAUGGCCCCGCUGGCGCCGCCCGCGCAGCUGGAGCGGCCGGCGCGGCUGUUCGAGGCGUUCUACCGCGCGUCGUUCAGCGGGCGGCGGCUGGCGUGGCUGCACCACCUGUGCACGGGCGAGCUGCGCACGCGCUACACGGCGCGCGUGUACCACGUGAGCGCCAGCACGCCGCAGUGCGCGCUGCUGCUGCUGUUCGAGGAGGCGGACGAGCUCAGCGCGCGGGAGGCGCGCGACGCGCUGCAGCUGGCGGGCGAGGCCUGGGCGCGCCACGUGCGCCCGCUGCUGGACGCCGGCCUGCUCACCGGCGACGCCGACGGCACGCUGCGCCUCAACCUCGCCUUCUCCUGCAAACGCACGCGCCUGCGCCUCACGUGCGCCGCCGCGCCGCCCGGCCAGGGGGGCGGGAGCGGGUCGGGGUCGGCGUCGGGGGGCUCGGAGUCCACGCACUGUGACGACGACCGCAAAAUGUACCUACAGGCGGCGCUCGUGCGCAUCAUGAAGCAGAGGAAGGUGCUACGUCACACGGAACUAAUACAGGAGGUAGUAUCUCAAGCGAGGGGUUCGUUCGCGCCCUCUGUAGCUAUGAUAAAAAAAUGUAUCGAAGCACUAAUAGACAAGCAAUACCUGGAGCGAGCUCCGGGCACCCUCGACACGUACUCGUACCUCGCGUAGGGCGCACGACCCGGCCCGUCUCGGCACGUCCCGGCACGACCCGGCACGUCUCGACACGUCCCGGCUCGUCUCGCCACGUCUCGGCCUCGCGUCACGAUACUGGAAAUAUUUUUUUAAAAACAUAUUGUAAAUAAAUAUUAAAAACAAAUAAUAUAAAAACAAUGUGCUUUAUUAUGAUUUCGCUUCCAUUUUAAUAUUGUCGAAGUAUAAACGUCACGCUGUCGAAAAUCGUUAUACGAUGUUAAGGAAUUAGACAUUUGGAAUAAAACGGAAGAUUAAAAAAACGGUGUCGGUAAUGAUGGUGUUUCAAAUAAAUAUCAGCAAUCUUGAAAAGAAUGGCUUCAUAAUAAUAUUUUAAAGUAGAUUUAAGUUUAAGAGUUCUUAUUUUGAAUUUGAAUACACACAAAGUAUUGCCAGUUAAAAUAAUAUUACGUGUGAAAAUGUAAUUUUUCGAAUGUGUUUUUUAUAAUACAAAGGUGAUGACUAAUUUAAUCGACUUCAAAUAAAGAAAGAUAUCAAUGCGGUUAUAUUUUUUAAGUUUUUUAAGAACUCAGUAAUUUAUAAAACAUUUGAAGUAUUCUUGAUUUGAUUUUUUUUUUACAAAAUCGACCGCGAUUAAGCGAUCUAAAAAUAAAAUGAAUUUCCGAUCUUUAAUAUGUUAGUAUAGAUUAAGCAAAAUGUUACCAAUAUGUUGAAUUCAAAAUUUAUUUGUCGCAAAAACUAAUUAGUACAACUAACGACCAACAGGAACGUAUAAAAAACACCAUCUUUGUUAACAACUUAGCGUAGUUUAACUUUGUUGAGAGUUGAGACGAAACAACGAAAAAUUACAUUUUCACGGCUAGCUCUGUUAUAUAAAUAAUAAUCGAGCUCAUAAUAUUUCUACUUUUAUUAAAAAAAAAUUCUUUAACCUUUUUUUAUUUUAAAAUUUUAUAUCAUCUGUGGUCUAAACUCUGUGACGUCACUUUUGUCUAAAUAAUUGUUUCUAAGAAUAACUACUUUGUGAAAUCAAUGAAAAAUUAAGUAAGGCAUAUCACAGACAGAUUGUAUAUUCAAAAUAGAUUGAAAAGUGUUUCAUUCGACAUAUAUUUGAAUACAUAGUUGGCAAUAUUUUAAAAAAACUAUAUGUUGCCAUUAUAUAUCUUGAUUAACGUCACGCUAGAUCGAGUCAGAGAUAAAAUAUGAACACACAUUUUCACUGUUUCUUAAGAAAUAUUAGAUUGAGA